AUGGCAUCCUACUUCACCAAGUUCCUACCACAAUUAGGAGAUAAUGGAGGUCUUACCAAUAGCAACUCACCAUACUAUGAUACUAAAUCGACCUAUAAUCCACAACUUAAGUAUUUAUCAGUGUUUAACCCCAGUUUGAUAGAGAACUCAAAUGCAGAGACUAGCGAAGAAUUAUUCCAACAAAUUAUAUGUUUUAUAUCAUCGAAUUCUCAAGCAGAGGGAAAUCAAUCACUUCUGGAAGAAGAAAAAAUUGAACAGUUAAAAAUUAUUGGAUUAAUACGAGGAGUCAAUUCAUUCGCUGUUGAUUUCAAUAAUCUGAAAGAUAAUGAUGUAACAAUUAUAAAUUCCUCCAAGUCUUCUAUAAUUCUUAUAAAUAUCGAAUCAGAAUACUUCCUUGCAUGUUCUAUAUCAUUUAAUGCUAAGCAUAAUAACAAAUCUAACUUUACAAACCAUCAAUUAAUUAAGCUAAUUAAAUCAUUUUAUAGAAAUUUUGUUAUUCAGAAUACUUCUUUCGGUAAUAUAGUCGAAAAGUAUCAAUUACCAGUACUAAAGCAAUUACUUCUACAAUAUUGGCAAGGAUUCUAUUUCAAUUACAAUUCACAAUACUAUAAAAUCCCACCAGGGUUAUCUUGGCCUAACAGUUUAAAUUAUAAGGGAUUCUUAGGACUAUUACCAUCCGAUCGAUUAUACAAAAGAUCUUCAUUAUCAUUAAACUUCCAAGCAACAUCAGAAAUUAGUAAUAUAGUUCAAGGAGAUUCUGAAUCUAUUCCUAAAGGAAUAAUAAUUUCUUAUUUCAAUAAAUUAUUUCCUAAGAAGUAUGGUUUACUACACGUAGAGAGUAAUCCAAAAUUAUCUGAAAAUGAAUUAAUAGAUAUAUACAGUUGGUUAGAAUUUCAUGAUUAUCAUCAGACAUUAACCACAGAAGCAUUAUCUAAUAUUAAUUUUGAUGAAAAUUUCAAAUCUAAUUUAUCGGUAAUACCCGAUUUAGAAUCUGAAACAAGUUCAACUGCUAACUCUGCAACUUCUAGUGGGAAUUUUCAACAAAUUACAACAGAAAAUUUAAGGGCUGUAACAUCUACUGCUUUAGAAAUGUUAAACCCAAGGAAUAUUACUCCUAAUUUGGCUAUUCUGCCUAUUAAUUAUACAGUAAAUACAAUGUUAUCGAUCGGAGAUCAGGUUAAACAUUAUGGAACUGGUAUUGUGGAAAGCGUUGAAGAAGUAACUAGUGGAGGCUGGUUACUGGUACCACCUUUACUUAAAAAUUUGUCCUUAAGUGGUGCAGGAAAUACAGAAAAUGAAACUAUAGUAGAAAACGCCAUUCCUAACGAUGAUGAUGACGAUGAAAUUGAAGAAGAAAAUACUGGUGAAUAUUUAAUUGGGUCCAAGUUCGAUUUAUCGACUAAUACUAAUACUGUAUUUAAAAAAUUGGUAUAUCUAAAGACGAAGGUUGAUGAUAAUAAAGAGGAAGAACGAGAAUAUCAAUUGGUUAUUUUCAAGAAGGAUGACAUUAUACUUACAUUGGUAUAUGAAUCUGGAUGGGAUCAACUUGACAAUAUCGAAUUUUAUGAAACCUUGGCUCAGGAUACCCUUUCUCCAGCCAUUGAUGAAAUUGACAAUUCAGUUUUAGGUGCUAGUAUUAUUGGUACUAGUGUGGGAUCUUUAAAUGGGAUUAUACGUAAAAAUGAACUUGAUAAUGACUUUUUCUUCAUAGUAUUUGAUAAAGAAGAAGGAUGGAUAAAAUCAUCGUUACCAUAUUUACCCCAUAUUAAUCUUAAUGAAGAAGAAAAUAAACCAUUGAUUAGAUAUCAAAGUGCUAUCUUUUAUUUACAUGAUCAAUUAACAUCUUUGUUCUUAAUGCAAAGAAAUAAUAACUUUUUCACCCAUAAUAAGAUGGGUGAAUAUUUUCAUAAAUUUACAAGUAACAAACAGAAUGAUUGGAUGUUUUAUUACAUUAAACAUAAAGGAAAGUUCAUUAUUAUUAUUAAAAAUCGUAAUCAUAGUACAAAGAAGAAACGGAAAAGUAUAGCAUAUAGAAAAUUAAGUGUGGUACCACCUUCUAUAACAUCCAACAUGAGUUCACCUAUUAGUAAUGGACAUGAACAACUUGAAUCACAGGUGGUAGAUACAUCAUUGAUGCCUGAAUUAGAUGAUGGUAUAUUACAUAGAAUUAGUGAUUAUGCACAUCUUGGAUUUCUUGAUAAUCUUGGUGAUGAUGUCAAAUACUGGUUAGCAGAGUUCUCAAGUACGUCAGCCACUUAG